CUGAGGCAGGUGUGAUCUUGUAUAUCAUACAAAGRCAAGGUCGGCACAUCAGCCUUAUCACAAAUAUCACUCCUACAUAUACCGUUSGCAUAGCAGGAAAUUAUACUUUCAACUGUAUAGUAGUAUUUUGAUUAAGCAAUGAUCUUAUUGCACCUGUUAUUCCUGCUUCUAUAGACAAUGAACUCCGUCUAGUUCUCAGCGGAAAUUUUUCGUCGGCAUUGUUGUAAGCUUCAAACCUCGACCCUUGGAUUGCAUAAAGUGAAAUCAUAUAAUGGAUGCGUUUUCCGCGAAGAAACGCAUUAGUUAACGUAUGUGCAAUGAUGAACGAAACAGACCAUCAUAAUGAAACCUUUUACUGCCACUUCCAAGAAAMGUAYAUUUUUGACUAUGACACGAGCAGCCUCACCAAGCAUCUGGUMAURUUUUUUGUGGUUUUCAACGCACUGGUUGCUGUGAUUACAUCUUUUAGUAAUGCCAUAGUUAUUCUUUGCAUCGGUAAAAAUCCAACGCURCACACWCCGUCAAAUAUUCUUCUACUUGGCUUAGCGUUUUCUGACCUKGGUGUUGGMGUAGGUUGUCAGCCAUUGUAUGUUAUACUCAAAGUACUAGAGCUCAACUAUGCAAACAGGGAAACUAUAUGCUAUGUAAGUUUAGUUUUCAACUCUGCAAGUUGGUCGCUUGCAAUUAUAUCUUUGUUAACUCUUACGGUGAUAACGGCGGAUCGAUUCCUGGCCGUCUACCUACAUUUACGAUACAAAAUGUUUGUUUCGACACGAAUUUACGUACUUCUACUUGCUGCAAUAUGGUCAGUGGGUAUUCUUUGUAUAGUUCUAAAACGUYUCAUCAAAGAAGGCGUUAUUCUACAAGGCCUUUUCGUUAUAUCAGCAUUUGUAAUCUUUUCAAUCAACGGUUUUUGCAUUUAUAAAAUCUCUCGAGUGGUGAGCCGACAUUCGGCUCAGAUCAGCGCUCAACAGCAAUCCACACGAGCCAAUAUUAACAUGCCGAGGUACAAGAAGUCUGUGAAUACCAUGUAUGUUGUGRUAGGUGCAUUUGUUCUUUGCUAUGCACCAAUUGUGAUUGCUAUUUUACUGCAUAUGGUCUUUAAACGACGAUUAUUGGUUGUUUAUUUGAGYUAUUGCGUAUCGRCGUCUCUUGUUAUGAUGAAUAGUGCCYUGAACCCCGUGAUUUACUGCUCGAGAAACAGCGAAAUUCGAACGGCUGCUUUGCAGUUUUUUCGACGCAAAGUKUCACUUACUCCCGUWGAGAAUAUACAGAUAUAAAGACAACAKCUGUAAAGAAAAAAAGCGAUU